AGGAGCGGCCGCCGUCCCUGUGACGGAAGCCAAGAUGGCGGCGGCRGCGUCUGACCUGCUGACGGGAUGGUGCCUCUUCGGCCUGGCGCUGCUGGCCAUUCUAAUUUUCUCCUGGGUUUAUGUGCGCAAGUACCAGAGUCGGCGGGAAAGUGAAGUAAUUUCUACCAUAACAGCAAUUUUUGCGUUGGCCGUUGCUCUUAUCACGUCAGCGCUUCUUCCAGUGGACAUAUUUUUGGUUUCGUAUAUGAAAAACCAAAAUGGUACAUUUAAGGUCUGGGCUGAUGCUAAUGUUUCAAGGCAAAUUGAAGACACUGUACUUUAUGGAUAUUACACUCUGUACUCGAUCAUUCUGUUCUGUGUCUUCCUGUGGAUUCCCUUUGUCUAUUUCUAUUAUGAGGAGAAGGAAGAAGAUGAUGGCAACACGUGCUCGCAGGUUAAAACUGCACUCAAAUACACUCUGGGAUUCAUCAUGGUUUGUGCAGUUCUUCUCUUAAUUGGUGCUUUUGUUCCUUUGGAUAUUCCCAACAAGAAGAAUUCCACAGAGUGGGAAAAAGUGAAGCUCCUGUUUGAAGAAUUUGGAAGUAGUCAUGGCUUGACUGCACUUUCAUUUUCCAUUAGUUCCUUGACUGUGAUUGGAAUGCUGGCAGCUAUCACUUAUACAGCUUAUGGUAUGUCAGCUUUGCCUCUAAACUUGAUUAAGGGAACUACCAGUGCAGCUUAYGAACGUUUAGAGAACACUGAAGAUAUUGAAGAAGUGGAGCAACAUUUAUUAAGAAUUAAAUCAAAGUGCAGAGAUGGUCGUCCUUUGUCAUCAAGGGAUAGACGGACUUUACAACAGCUAGAAGAGAARUUAAGGACACUUCGAAGGAGAGAGAGGCAUCUGGAAUCUAUUGAGAAAAGCUGGUGGACAAAGUUCUGUGAAGCUAUUCGACCUCUAAAGAUUGUGUGGGGAGUAUUCUUCAUCAUUGUGGCAUUGCUCUUCACUGUUUCUCUGUUCUUGUCAAAUUUGGACAAAGCUCUGCAUUCAGCUGGCUUCGACUCAGGAUUUAUAAUUCUAGGAACUAAUCUGACCAAUCCAUUGAAUAUGCUGUUACCAGUGCUUCAAAGAGUUUUCCCACUUGAUUAUAUUCUUAUCACAACUAUCGUUAUGUACUUUAUCUUCACUUCAAUGGCAGGAAUUCGAAAUAUGGGCAUAUGGUUCUUCUGGAUAAGGCUUUAUAAAAUCAGAAGAGGAAAAACUCGACCUCAAGCACUCUUAUUUCUCUGUAUGAUACUUCUGUUGAUAGUUCUUCAUACAAGUUACAUGAUUUACAGUCUUGCCCCACAGUAUGUCAUGUAUGGAAGCCAGAAAUACCUGGUACAGAGUAAUAAGACAAUUGACGGCCAGCCAGGAAAUGUGACACUUGUGUCUAAAGACUGUGAUGCAGAUGCACCUGAAGAUCAGUGUAUUGUCACUCGGACAUACCUCUUYCUUCAUAAAUUUUGGUUCUUCAGUGCUGCCUAUUACUUUGGGAACUGGGCAUUCAUUGCAGUCUUUUUAAUUGGAUUAAUUGUUUCAUGCUGCAAGGGCAAGAAAUCAGUCAUUGAAGGUGAAGUAGAUGACGAUGAUUCAGAUAUGAGUGAUGAUGAACUGUCUGUUUAUUACCAUUGAUAGCCUUUUGCUUUCAAAUCAAAAAAAUGUAAUUUAAAGUUAUGUUGGGAGUCAUGCACACAUGGAACUUGUAUCCAAGAAAGCAUCUUUGCACCUGUAAAAAUAGAAAUAAGUGUACUCACUUAAAGGGAUAAAAAACCUGAAUAUCACUUUCAGUAUCACUGUUAAAUGAGAACAAGUGUUGAAGCUGAGUUUUAAUAAUAUGUAGAAAGUAUUGGUUUAUGAUUAAACAAAUAUGUAACUUUCUGAUGUAUAAUUUGAUGAACUGUUGUAACUAUUUCAUAAUUCACAAUGCUUUUCUGUUAACUUAGGUUUUCGUAAAUACUUUCAUGCCUAACUUCUAGGACUUUUUUAUUCAUAAAUACAACUUGCUAAAAUCCUGCAAAAUGGUGCAAAUAUUGCAGGAAAGAUUUGGGAUGAAGUUUACACUUUCAGAAGGGCUUAACUUUUGCACUGGUUUUGCUGGGAUUUUCCCAUAAAACUAUAGCUAACAAGAAACUGCCCAUUAAAGGAUGCCAAAAACAUUAUUUAAAUGGUGAAUUUUCAAUCUGUGAAAAAUAAGUAAUUUUCAUAGUGUUUUCCCCACUGAGUUACCAUGGGAAUCAUCAGGUAACUAUGAGGUGGCUUUUGUGCUCUCAAUGGAAAUCAUUAGUGUAAAUGACAAUAUUUAGCACUCUUGCAGUGUUUUAGUACAGUUUAGCUCUGAAACUGACAGGUGCCUGAUUUAGUUGUAACCAAUGGAAUAAUUAAGAUAUGAUCAAUUUUUAACUUAUUUUUCUCUUUAAUGCACAUUGUCUAGUUUGAAGUUUYCUUUCAAUAUUUAAUGUAAAUGUUGUCAAUUUGUUUACAAACCAAUAUGUUUAUAUAAACACAGUUAAAAAAUAUUUUUGUCAUUCGUGUUGUCUUUGUAMAUUAAUCCUAUUUUAGCUAUAUAGUUACUGAGCUAUAUUUCUAAGGAUGUAAAAAAUCUUCGUAUAUCCUUUGACAGACUCUGAAAGAGAAAAUGUUUACAAGGACAGGUUUUCAAGCUUCUAGUGCUACCUGAGGGACAUUAUAGUCUAUGCAAGCUCAUGGAAAUGUAGUUAGGUAGUCUUUUUAUAGGACUGAUUGUUAAAUAGCUAUUAGAAUGUAGGGGAAUUAUUAAUAUGUCCUGCUUACAUGCUUGCAAACUGAAGUCAUUGCAAGAACAGCCUGCCUCUAUCUGUAGUAUUUCAGAAYAGCAGGCUCUCAAGAACUUCUGAAUUUUAAUUUAUUUUCAGUAUUGGGCAAGUCUUAGGUGAGUAGUGCAGUUAAUGCAAGAACACAGGGAACUGAUAUUUAGACUACAGGAACAAAAAAACCUGAGCAGUGCCAGCUGCUCCAGUAAUAUCAAUGUUGAUGUGACAACAUCAAGUAAUCACACACAGAAUAAGCAGAGUUGGAAGGGACCCACAAGGAUCAUCGAGUCUGUCUCCUGGUGUUAUAGGUUGAUCAUAARCUGAAAAUAUGCUGUCAGAUCUGCUCAACUAUUAUCAAUCAAUCUGUCUGCUACCAGUGUGACACUUGAAAGGACAGAAAUGUAUUCCAGCACUGAUAGUAGGUACUGAAAUGUGACUCGGCAGUCUGAACUCUUUGACUAGAAUUAGCGGAGUAUUAUUUAAACAUGACARUUGGGGAAACUUGCAAGGAAUUAGUUAUAAGAAGUUCAAGUAAUUCAAACAGGAGGUGGAAUGUGAUGUUGACUGUCUGGAAGCUGCAUCCAGASGAUGGCAAGUACUUGGAGUAUACUUACUUGUAGAUGCCCUGGUGAAAAAUUUACAUGAGCUGAUUCAAUAAAGUUAACUG